AUGAUGCGUCAAGCUGUGGUCGUGGUGCUAUUAGCACUGCUUUUUCAUGCGUAUAAUGACUUUGUACCAUUUGACUCUUACAUUCCUUUCUCUGCAUUCAAUGCUACCAUUGAUGUACACUUUAGUGACUCGUAUUAUACAGCACGAUCGCUCUUUCGUACUCGUGCUGGUGCUGCUGGUGCCAAGCUCUUCUCGCUCUCGCUGGAACAUCUGGAUUUGACAGUGGAUGUAGCUAUGCUAGUAGGAUCAAGUGAGCGCGUUCUGCUGCAUAUAUCUGGUACACAUGGCGUUGAAGGUUUUGCUGGGAGUGCAAUCCAGGCGGCGUUGCUAGAGAGAGCAGCGGAGGAAAACGGAAGCGAUGCGAAACACAUACCUACUGUGAUCUUCGUACAUGCGCUAAAUGCAUAUGGGUUUGCCCAUUUGCGGCGGUUCAAUGAGCACGGAGUGGACUUGAACCGUAAUUGGCUCACUCCUGAGCAAUUCAAAGAGCGUCAAGUAGAAGAUCCGAACGGACGUGGAUACUUAGACAUCUAUGAGCUACUGAACCCCAAGGACUUGAGUAUGAUCCACAAUUGGUUUUGGGUGAAGGCUAUAAUGCACUUAGCAACGAAGGGAUUUGAUGCCAUUAAGCAAGCGACCAUUGGUGGGAACUAUCGUUUUCCACAGACUUUGUUUUACGGUGGAACGGAACUGGAACCCAGCUUGGCGUUGUUGCAGGAAUUCUUACAAGAGCAUGUGGACUUUGAUAGUGUGACGAAGUUUGCAAUGAUUGACGUACACACGGGACUUGGACCUGCUGGUGUUGACACGCUUAUGCUUGGGGCUGACAGUGAUAUGACUGUAGCACGCAGUGUCUUUACUGGCCAGGAGUAUACCGAUAAGGUGGUUUUCGUGCACGACAAUGACAAUCCAGUGUCACGUGGCUAUGAUGGCGUUGGCGGUUUUAUCGUUGACGGUGUGGCAAACCUGUUGGGUCCGCAAACUAAAGGAAAUACGCUUUUAUUGUGUCAAGAAUUCGGGACGGUGGCUGGCGUUUUUAUUUUGAAAGCUAUGGUGGAAGAGAACACCAUGUAUCACCACAGUCCAUCGUCUGUGAAUCGUGUACCGUACGCUCAAAAGCUCAGGGACGUAUUUUAUCUACAUCAGAGUAGCUCCUGGAAAAGCGAGGUGCUAAAACGUCGUGGAUCUGACGUCUAUGAUCGACUGUACACGUAUUUGGCCUCAUGA